AGCAAAGCAAAUAGGAUCGAGCUUGAUGAAGUGUUUGUUUAUAUUAUUGCUUGGUUUUGCCAACAUCAACCCACUCUGGUAUGACUUUAGCAUUUAUGUCGCCAGCUUCUGUAUCUCAUCCUUCCGCUUCGAUUCAUCAUAAUUGAGGUGAAUAGCCCCUGUAUUUCUCAAGGGAGCUACUCGCCGCUAUUCGGUUCUGAAACCAAAACACUAUCGAUAACAAACCUGACGUCGCAGGACCGUCAGUUGCAUACCAUACCAUUACCAGCAACUCACUUUACACAAACAACACUCUGAACCGUGAUAGGUUCUUGUGUCGCUGUGAUAACUUUGUAUUCUUCUUCAACAAUCGCAUUAUAACCUCGAACCAUGUCGUUCCUGUUUGGAAGAGCCCGCACACGCACAGUUGCCGAUCUCCCCAAGCAGGCCCGCGAGCAUGUCUUGAAGCUCGAGGGGCCACAGGGCCCUUCCAAGGUAGCAAUCAUAUCACCUUACCUCGAUUCAAGGCCAAACACUGACUCUAAAAGGCCGAAGAGCUUGCCCGAGUCUUGAGCCAGAUGAAGACUAUCCUGCAGGGAACUCCCGAGGCCGAUACCUCUCCAGAACAGAUCUUACAGCUUGUGACUGGUCUCAUCGACGAAGAUCUCCUCCAUCUCCUCGCCGUCAACCUCUUCCGUCUUCCAUUCGAGUCGCGUAAAGAUACCCAAGUCAUAUUCUCCUACGUCUUCCGCUUCCGCCCCGCCACCGCCGCCCCCAAAAGCGACCCUCUCGCACUAUCAUACGUUGUCUGCAAUCGACCCCAGGUCCUAGUUGAGCUAUGUCGAGGAUAUGAUCACAAGGAGAGCGCUACGCCAGCAGGUUCAGUUCUACGAGAGCUACUCAAGAACGAGGCCGCCGCCGCAAUCAUUCUAUACGACGACGGAGAUGAGCCAGGUUCGAGUUCCAAGGGUCUAAAUGCCAUUGACCGUGACCGACCCCAAAGUGGGAGAGGCGUGUUCUGGAGAUUCUUCGAUUGGGUUGAUAAGAGCUCCUUCGAGGUGGCAGCAGAUGCUUUCACCACUUUUCGAGAACUCCUGACACGCCACAAGGAUCUUGUACCAAGAUACUUGAACGCAAACUUUGAACUCUUCUUCGACAAGUACAACAACAUCUUGGUGCAAUCCAACAGUUACGUGACCAAGCGUCAGUCCAUAAAGCUUCUCGGUGAGAUCUUGCUUGAUCGCUCCAACUAUAACGUCAUGACUGCCUAUGUUGAUCGCGGGGAGCAUCUCAAGAUAUGCAUGAACCUGCUACGCGAUGAUAGGAAAAUGGUUCAGUACGAGGGCUUCCACGUAUUCAAGGUCUUUGUUGCAAACCCGCACAAAUCAAUUGCCGUCCAGAAGAUUCUCCUCAUGAAUCGCGAUAAGCUUCUCACUUUCCUCUCCCACUUCCUUGAGGAUCGGACAGAUGACGAACAGUUCAUCGAUGAGAGAGAAUUUUUGAUCAAGCAAAUCCGCGGCAUGCCCUCAGUUCCCGUUGCUCCUCAGCGGUAAACGUAUACAUGCCGCAUUGCCUACUUACUCUGGACAAAUAUGUUCUCACUAUACCAUUUUGCACUCAUGCGGCGUUUUCACUGCUUUUCUUCCACCCGACAGCGAUUCAUGAGGCCAAGGAGCAUAGUUCUCUAUUCAUCACGAUGGCAUAGCAUGAUAUGCAGUUUUGUCUUAUUUUAUCCCUACAGUACUUGUGUUGAAUGCCCCUGGCGGUAGCAUUGAUUGCAACCAGGCUAUGCAUGUCGUUUCGCCGAUCUUGGUUCAUGAUAUUAUUAUACAAAAAGACGCUCCCAACGCCCCCUCGUUCCCCGUAUGUGGCCAAUUAAACAUGACACAAACUCUAUAACUCCAAUUGGUUUGUCAACAAGUGCCGUCCUGGCGUGUUGACAGUUUUCAGAUGGAUGCUCAUCGUUGCUGCUUUGAGAGCAAGACGUUGACGCUCUCUCGCGCAUUUUGGGUAGUCCAGACGCUAUCUUUUCCACCACGGCGCCACUCGUCACCCGAUGCAUGCUCUCCACCUCCUCUGGGCGCUUCUCCCAUAAUGACCUCGAGGUCUCUCUUCUGAGAACUCAGCCAGUUCUUGAUGAAGUUGGUAGGAUCCUUGCCAAGAGACUGGAAGAAGGAAUGCUUGGCCUUCGACACGGCGAUCGCCUGAACCACCUUGGCGAGCUGGUCGUCAAGCCCUGUCACGUCCUUGAGCAUUGCAAUGUACUGAGGGUUGUUGAGCAUAGGCAAGAGUGUAUCACGUAGAGGAUCGUCCACAGGAACCUGGAUGUCAUAGAUCGUAGGCUGGGGAUCCUUGUGAAACUCCUGGUCAACUCGGAUAGUGUAUGGCAAGCAAAUUGGCUCGAGAGGUCGCAGGUGUUGCUGAACAUAGUCGUUGAGCAAAGGGAUGUGUCCGAUGUCGCCUUGCCUUAUAACCUGUGGGAAUCGUCAGAGCUAUGUCAAUAUCAACAUAGGUAUACACAUAGACCAACCUUCUUGAGAGGCUCAUUGCACCGGAAAUUGCGCUUCUCCUC